AUGGACGGCAUCGAGCUGUUCGACUGCAAGAUGUUCAGCAUGUCGCCCAACGAGGCAAAAUCUAUGGAUCCGCACCAGCGACUGAUCCUAGAAGUAGGCUACGAAGCGCUCUAUAACAUGGGCCAAAGGAAGAACACCCUGGUGAACUCGGCCUGCGGCGUCUACGUGGGCUGCGGCAAUGUGGAGUGGUCCAUGGUGCCUCGCGAUCAGGACCAGGGUGCCUUUGCCGCCACCGGCGGAGCUCUGUCCAUCAGCUCAGGGCGAUUCUCCUUCACGCUGGGUCUGAAGGGCCCGAGUAUGACCAUCGACACGGAUGCAUCAUCUGGUGCCACGUCCAUCUACCUGGGAGCCGAAGCAGUUCAGCGCAAAGGAGACGCGCCACUCCGAACGAGUUUUCAGUUGCCAUUGCGGCCCACUUGCUGCUAG